AUGCAGUGCCCAGACUCCUAUCUUCUUGUCUUUGAUGUUGGAAUUUACAUACCCCGGAACCCUAUCCCAGUCUUAUCGCCUCCUGCCUCUUGCCUCUUGCAUCCUCAAAUGCUCUUUCCAGAGAUGGGCCAAGUUGGUUGGUCGGUGGCUCCUUCCCUUCUAACUUCCACCCUUCCAUCUCCGCUUCCAUCUCCCACCAAGAACUCCAGCCGUCAAAGCUUCGUGUUCGCCUCAACUAUUGACUUGUCAUCAACAAGCCCGUCUCACGAUAACUGGCGUGCUAGCUGGUGGGUCUCCCGCGGCUCUUGGGAUAGACAACUCUUGGUAUACCAUCGUGGCGUCCCUAAACGGCCUUGGUUCCACGCCCCAUCACUCAUCUAA